AUGUCGCUGAUGUUUGGGAAAAUGAAGACGUGUAACUCUGCAGCAGCUCCUGAUGCUGCGGUGCUGCUUGGUGUGAUAGGAUCCGAGAAAUCAGGACCUUCACUGACCCGAAUAUCCCCUGAGGCUUCGCAGUCUCUCAGUCAGACUGUGUUUUGUGUUUGUCUUUGUGUUACAGCAUUGAUAGUCAAAUUCCUCACUAAGCGGUUCAUCAGUGAAUAUGAUCCCCAACCAGAGGACAUCUAUUCAUCAGAGGAGAUUGUGAAACAGCAGCCUGUCACAGUGAGACUGAUGGACACCUGUGACCAGAUGAGUCAAAGUGAUGCUGUGGCUUUGGUUUCUCGUUUUGGCUGUUUGUUGUUCGAAGUGUCAGCCUGUCUAGACUUCCUGUCUGUGCAGCACGUCUUCUACGAGGCGGUGAGGAGGGCGAUGCUGGGCAGGAGACGCAGCUGUCUGGUACCGGCUGUCUACGUCAGCGAGGACAAAGAGCUUCUCACUAUUCCCUUCUUCACUACUCCUUACCAAGAGUUACCGGCUCCCGCUACUGAGCUGGUCACUGUGAAGACGUCCAGGGCUCAGAGCAAACGAAGGGCUGCCAUACUCACCCUGCUUAAAGGCUUUAAGAUCUUCUGACAGCCUCUGACCCCCUCCACUGUCUCCACUGACACUGUCAAAGACUUAUUAGAAAGUGCUGUAGUCUGAGCUAGAUGAAAGGGUGGACAA